GUUGCCUUCAGUGCAGCGGGACCGCAAUGGGCAGCAGAAGUGUCCGCUGAAAAUAAAACUUUCGGGGCGCUCUUUGCCUCUUAAAUCACAGCAUGAGGGAAUCAGCAUAGACCAGCUCCUCUGCGCUCAAUGUCUUCCCCAAAUCGGUGAAAAUGACACCGAGAUGACUCAUGAGUGGCUUGGACAUCUGUGCAGCGGCAGAGAAUGAGGCUCACUCAGUCUGACACACCUUUCAUUAUCUGUAUAUAGUCUAAUAUUAUUAACUGACAUGGCCAAUAAAUAGUAGUUAUGUUUACUGCUUUUUGCACAUUCGAAAUAAAUGCAUGAAUUUCUAGUUAUUCUCUAAACACUGACAAUGUCGCUGGGUGAGCAGUCUCAAAAGUGGUUUCCAACCCAUGUCCAAGCCACUGUCCUACAAGCCACUGGUUUAUCUGCGAAGGGCAAAAAUGGCACCAAUGAUGCCUACACCAUUAUACAGCUGGGCAAAGAGAAGUACUCGACAUCUGUGGCAGAGAAGACGCUUAACCCGGUCUGGAGAGAGGAGGCAUCGUUUGAGUUACCCGGACUUUUGGUGGAGGGGAACCCCGAGGUGUACGAACUCGUCCUCAUUGUGAUGCACCGCUCUCUGGUCGGGAUGGACAAGUUCCUGGGGCAAAGGACCAUCAAUCUCAAUGAAAUCUUUGACAACAAGGAGCGAAAGAAAAUUGAUUGGUACCCACUGGAGUCCAAACCAGGCGCCAAGAAGAAGGAGCGUGGCCGGAUCCAGGUCAGUAUCCAGUUCAUGAGGAACAACAUGACGGCCAGCAUGUUCGACCUGUCCAUGAAGGAGAAGCCGCGCUCGCCCUUUUUUAAGCUCAAGAACAAGGUCAAAGGUCGCAAACAUGACAGUGGCUUCUCCGACACUUCCUCUGCCAUCCUGCCCCGCUCUGCCCUGGACUCGGAGCCCAGAGCGCCCGUGGGCCCUCCCUCCGCCCCGGCAGCAGGAGGAAGAUCUGAGCCCAAAGUGAAGAGGCCUCUUUUGGCUGGAGGUCAAAAACUGUCCGCGGCUCACUCCAUGUCGGAUCUGAUCGGGAACAACUUCAGGCCCAAACUGGACUCCAUGAACUCCAUAGAAGAGACUGGAGGCAGCUCAGGUCCUCACCGGCGUACCCAGAGCGAGGUGCCAGACUUCCAGGACAGAGAGGGCCAAGUUGACCCUUUCACUCAUAUCACGGACGCUCUGCCACAGAAGUAUGCCACGCUCCCACGCAAAGGCAACCCGUUUGAAGGCGAGGGGGGCGGGCCGCAGCUGUGGGACCGGCCCAGCAAGGAGAAGAAGGAGAAGGUCAGUCUGCUGGAGAGAGUGACCGGGAAGAAAGAGGGGAAGAAGACGAGCAGCAGCAGCUCCAACGGGGGAAAACUGGGGAGCACCGGAGACCUGCGCACCCCAAACCCCUUCACCAACAACGGGCAGCAGGCAGACACCAACCCCUUCAGCUCCAACUUCAAACCAAGUGACAGGAAAUCCACCGGAAGUGAAGACGGUACAUUUGGACAAAAGAAAGACAAUCAAGACAAGAUGAGAAAAGCUGGGACCCCUGUGGAGAACGCAGCUGCCUACAAGAACCUGUCAUUUGAGGAGGUGGUCCAGGAGCUGAUCAAACAGAAGGAGAUAGUGAAGAAGAAGGACGCCCAUAUAAGGGAGCUGGAGGAUUACAUCGACGACCUGCUGGUCCGCGUCAUGGAGGAGACACCCAGCAUUCUGCGCACGCCAUACGAGGUCAAGAAAAAAGCAGGCAAAUUUGGCAAAAAAUGAAACUAAAGACGGGAGAUAUGACUUGAUAAAAGAAUCUUACACAGUGGGUUGAAUGGGAGCAAAUGGGACUUCUGGACGCCAAAUGUAGUUGAGUUUUUAUGAGUGAAUGUAGGUUUUAUAGACUUUUGAAUGCUUUUAAUGAAUGAAAAGUUGUGGCUUAUACGGCACAAAUGUCAUUCCUUAAAUUCCAGUUUUGUUGCUUCAAAUAUUUUCGGUUGUUUUAAGGUACUAAACUUUACAAAUUAAGUUUUACAAAAUUCUCCUGUAAGCGCAACAAUUACGGUACAAGCACUAGUUGUGCAGGGGUGUAAAAGGUGUAAAAAAAAAAUCAAAGUUUUUUUUUCCUUUACAAUUUUUGGAGACAUUUUGAAAACUUUUUAUUAUUUAUUUCAAGUUAAAAGUGCUGUACCUGAUUUUUCCAGACUUUUUCCAACAUAACAAGUUAAUUUUUAAGAGUUUGCAACAUUCCAGAUUUAUUUCUCACUUCCACAUUUUAAUUAUUUACAUUUAUAAGCUCUUUUCUCAACUUUAACAAACCAGAGCAGAGUUUUGCUUUCACUUUGAAACUAACAAGAACAAUAUUUCUAAUUAAAUGCAAGCAAAAGACUUAUUUUGAUCUGAAGAGCUGCUUUUUUUCUCAAAUACAUGGAAAAAAAUCAGGUACAGGGCCUUUAAGUUUGACAUUAUGCACCUGUAAACUCUAUCAACAUCUUUAUUACAUUUCCAUUUGCAGCUAACGUACAAGAUAAGCAAACUUUUUAACACUAUUGCUACACAAAUUUCUAUGGUACUGAAGAAAACUUUGAAGAUUUUCAAGCCAAAAUGCCUAUGUUUAAAGAACUUGCUUUAGUGAAGCUGUAUUUCGUUUACCAAUGUAGAUUUUGAAGUUAAUAUUUGAUUUGGUUUACGCUGACGUCUUAAAUGAGGCCGUGGUCCUCCCUGCUGCAGAUGCGCUGAACUCUCCCCCUUUGCCCCAAAUGAAUCACUUUAGGUAUGUCUAUUACAGGAAACAGGGCUAUAGAAGGAUAUCACCACAGCAUCUGGUGUGUCUCAACUUUCAUAAAGAAGAGGACAUUUCUACCACUGGAAUCAUGUUAUUUAUGGCCCACUCUCACGUUAAGUGCAAUAAGCGCGUUCCUUUAUAAACUGGUGGUAAUAGUAUUGUUUACAUUUUAAUUAUGUGGUAGAUUUACUCUCAAACCCGGGAGUGUGUGUUGCUGCGUGCAGAUUGAACGACCUUCCUUGUCUAUAGAUGUUUAUAUGUACAAUGCUGCACUUGGAGACUUUUGCAGAACAAUCUUUUGUGAAGGCAUCUCAGUUUAAUCAUGUGUUUAUACGCUGGUGGAACACUGGACCCUACUGCUCGCUACUUUCUACUUUUAAAGCCACAAACAGCUUAGGGUUAUUCCAUUAAUAUAAUUUAGUAUGCUAUUUUUUUCACUUUUUUAUUUAUCAUAUUUAAUGAAUGCCCAGUUGCUUUUUACUUAUCUUAAAAAAAAAAGCGUAUUUGUGAAUGUUAAAUCUGCCAAACUGAAGGUAAAAUUGGCAAACAGAAACCAUUUAAGAUUAUAAUUUUAUUUAAUAAUUUAGAAAUGUAGUAUUUGCAUGAACAUUUAAAAAUUCAUGUUGUAAUUCAUGUUGCCUAAUGAUUGUACAGCUCUCUGCCACAUGUAAAACUUACCGUAUUUUCCGCACCAUAAGCGCGCUCAUAAGCUUCCAAACUCAUCAAAAAAGACUGCGCGUCCCACAAUCCAAAGCGCACUAUACACGAAUCCACUCGGGUGUCCCAGCACGACUUCAGUAAACUACAAAGCCGCACCACCCGCAAUGCACGCAAACACGCACGGAGCAAACAGCGACUGCACAACGAAAAACACCCGGAACCACACUCAUCACUCCAUGCCGACAAGGAAUGGAAUGGAGGAACGAACCAAAAAAGUGAGCGCAAUGUGCCACUUCUAGACACAACUGAACAACUGAGUCACUGCGAAGACGCCAACAAUCCAGAGGUCCCAGACAGCACCCUCCCUACACGCCACAACUGAACAAAGCCCAGAGUCACCGUGAACGCCACAAACAAAGUCCCACUGACCCAUCCAACUGUUGGGUUUCGUUUAAAGUCCGGUGUGGUUUAUUUGUGAAAAAAAGUUUGAAAAUAGACCAUUCAAUGACAGUGCGCCUUAUAAUCCAGAGCACCCUAUAGUGCGGAAAAUAUGGUAAAAUGUACUUAAGUAUUCACUGUAUGGAUGUGUGAUAUUAUUGAAUUUCUUUUCUCAAAAAUGUAAAUUUGAGCUCAAUCAUGAGAGAAAAUGAGUCGCAUUCAGAAUUUCAAUGCUGUCACACACUCCUAAUUCACUUGUGUAGAAAGGCAGUUUUGCAUAGCGUCAUAGGUUUACACUGAUCCUGUAUUUAGCAGCUUCAUGCUCAGUGUUAAAAUGUGCUUUGUACAAACAGUGAUCUUGCACUCGAUGUUUUCACUGUUUAAUAUUAUUCACUGCGUUUCUGCCUGUUACCGGGGUUCGUUUGUCGUUAUUCAAAUGGACUUAAAUGUGUUUCCCAUUGUUUAGAGGGGCCUUUACUACGGAAGCCGAGAGAUGUCACAACAAACGCAAACGCCGCAACAAAUACAAAUGCGACAACACAACAAAAAGCCACAACACACCAAAAAAAGCCACAACGGAAAUGACCAUGGGACUCUAUUUUAAUACAAACGCUGCAACAAAAGCAAAUGCCGCAACACAUUAAAAAGCCGCAAAACAUUAAAAAGCCGCAACACAUUAAAAAGCCACAACAGAAGUGACCGCGGGACUCUAUUUUCCGACGGACCAAUCAAGCGGCAAGUGAAGAAGAAGAACUACAACGUGAAAAGCAAAGGAACGGAGAAGUUGGAAACGUAAGUAAAAGUAAUGUAUUGUUUUAUUAUUAUUAUUCUUCACUUGCUGCUUGAUCGGUCCGUCGAAAAAUAGAGUCCCACAGUCACUUCCGUUGUGGCUUUUUGAUGUGUUGUGGCUUUUUAAUAUGUUGCGGCAUUUGCAUUUGGGUUGUGGCGUUUGGUAUUUGUGGCGGCGUUUGCAUUAAAAUAGAGUCCCGUGGUCAUUUUCGUUGUGGCUUUUUUUGGUGUGUUGUGGCUUUUUUUUUUGUUGUGGCUUUUUGUUGUGUUGUCACAUUUGUAUUUGUUGUGGAGGUUGCGUUUGUUGUGACCCCUCUCGGCUUCCGUACUUUACACUGUACUGCACCAAAUCACUACUUAUUUACUGUAUACUAUGUCUUAAUAAUUUAAAUGUAUGAAUGUUUCUCUUUUUAGAACAUUUUUAAAGCUGGAAAUCGCUCAAAUGAAGGUUCAACUUGGGACAUUUGGGCCAAAAAAUUCUGAAUGUAUUUUUUGGCUGUUUGAAUUUUUGUUCCCCUAAACCUUAUUUGCCUUUCAAGUUGGUUCUUCCAAAGAAAUUAUAUUGAUCCUUUGUAACAACUUUAUUACAAGUCCUCAAUAUUU